UAACUUCCCCUGAAAAUAAUUUGGCGACACUGGUUGGCAGUAGGACUGAGAACGGUUGACUUCAGCUAUCGAUUACAACUUCCCGAGGUUUUAUUUAUUGUGGAAUGUCUGAUGAUUUCCAAACGAAAUGUUAGAGUUUGUUUUACCAUUGUUUCUUGGCUUUUUGGCGCUCUACUUACUCAGCGUGCGAUUCAGGAGAACAAGGAGAGAUGGGGAGCCUCCACUUAUAAAUGGUUGGAUUCCAUUCCUUGGGAAGGCUUUGGAGUUUGGGAAGAAUGCACAUGGAUUUCUGGCAGCACAUAAGGAGAAACAUGGAGAUGUAUUUACUGUGCUGAUUGCUGGCAAAUACAUGACCUUCAUAAUGAAUCCGUUGCUGUAUCCGUAUGUCAUCAAACAUCAAAAACAGCUYGACUUCCAUGAGUUUUUUGACCAAGUGGGCCCCUUGACGUUCGGCUUCCCCCCUGUCAGAAGCGGCAAGUUUCCCGGUAUGGGCGAGCACGUCCAGAGGUCCUUCCGUCUUCUACAGGGCGAGAACCUCAAUAACCUGACAGAGACCAUGAUGGGAAAUCUCAUGCUUGUGUUCCGACAAGACUACCUUACUGGGGAGAGUGAGUGGAGGACUGAAAGUGUGUACCAACUCUGCAAUUCGAUCAUGUUUGAGGCUACUUUCCUGACCCUGUUUGGCAAGCCUGCCCAUACCAGCAGACACAGCGGAAUGGUGACGCUUCGAGAGGACUUUGUCAAGUUCGACACCAUGUUUCCCCUCCUCAUUGCCAGGAUCCCCAUCUCUCUGCUGGGAGGAACCAAGGCCAUCCGGGAUAAACUGAUCAACUACUUCCACCCUCAGAGAAUGUCUCGAUGGUCCAACACCUCAGGGUUCAUAAAGGAAAGAGCAGCACUGUUUGAACAGUAUGACUCCAUGGGAGAUGUCGAUAAAGCAGCUCAUCAUUUUGCCAUUCUAUGGGCGUCGGUGGGAAACACAGUCCCAGCCACCUUCUGGGCCAUGUAUUACCUGGUGACGCACCCAGAGGCCCUUGCAGUUGUGCGUGAGGAGAUCCAUGGUGUCCUGCAGGUCUCAGGAAUAGAAACAGACCACAACAGAGACAUCGCCUUCACCAGAGAACAGCUGGACAGCCUACUGUAUUUGGAGAGCUCCAUAAAUGAAAGUCUGCGGCUGUCUUCAGCCUCCAUGAACAUCCGCGUGGCCCAGGAGGACUUCAGCUUGCGGCUGGAGGGAGAGCGCUCCAUUGGAGUGAGGAAAGGAGAUAUCAUCUCCCUGUCUCCCCAGAGCAUGCACAUGGACCCCGGGAUCUACAAGAAUCCAGAGAUCUACAAGUUUGACCGAUACAUCGAAAACGGAAAGGAAAAGACAGAUUUCUAUAAGGACGGCCAGAAGCUGAAGUACUACCGGAUGUCUUUCGGCUCAGGCUCCACUAAGUGCCCAGGAAGGCACUUUGCGGUGAAUGAGAUAAAGCAGUUCCUUUCUCUGCUGCUGCUCUACUUUGACGUGGAGGUGUUGGAGGGGCAGGAGCCGUGUACCCUGGACCCCAGCCGUGCUGGCCUGGGCAUCCUGCUCCCUGCCAGUGACGUCCAGAUCCGCUACAGGCUACGUCGAUCCUGAGAGGAGGAGGACAUCUGUAUAUGAACAAACACUAGAGGGCUGAGCCCUGUGUGACUAAUGGAUUUGACUUUCUCAUAGGAUGCACCCCAAAUGAUACCCUAUUUAUUCCCUACAUAGUGCACAACUUUAGACCAGGGACCAUAGGGCUUUUGUCAAAAGUACUGCACUAUAUUGGCAAUAGGGUGCCAUUUGGGACACACCCAUGGAUGAGUAUUCACACAAGUAGCUAUUGACUGAACAGCAAUGCAUUGCUAAUUUGUCAACGUAUUAUAUUAGGACAGGCUCUAACAGUGGGCAGGAUUGGUGAAUCUGCUAGCUAGGGACCUUUUGGUGUUUUAUUCCGUAGGACAGAAUGAUCCAUUAAUUGUUAACAGUUUUUGCUGUUUAUAACAGAUAGUAUUUUAUUUGAAUACUAAAAAUAUGUUUGUUUAUUAUGCCUUGCAUUAUAAAACCAUAUAUAACAGGGUAUAGAGGGGCCCUGGAUUAAUGUCCCAAAAUGAAAUAAUAUUUCAUUUAUAUAUAUUUUUUGAAAUAGGAACUGUCGGGGUCUCAACUUACUGUUGUUAGAAUAUUAGAAUACACAAGGUGCAAUUUCAAAAUGUGGUUGUGCAUCAGCAGUUCAUCUCUUAUGUCAGUCACUCAAUUAGCUCAUGUCAGCAAUCCUUUUUUUUGAUUGAUAAGUUAGUUUAGUCAGCUAUCUUGACCUGUAGUAAUCGUGGUUGAAUUACCAACCGGGGCCCCCAUUGAUGUUGUUAUUCACACUCACUCAGAUAUCAUAUUAAAUACUGCAAACAUGUCUUCCCACCCCAUGACAAAAUGUGUAGAAUUGCAGGAAAUUAACUCAAAUUAUUUGAAAGAAAUUCACUGUCAAAGUUGCCCAUCCCUGAUCUAUACUGUACAACAGUAGUUGAAUCAAAUAGUUGAACUAUAUUACAGGGUAAAAUGACAAUGUGAUGAAAGCUUUAUGUAGUAAAUGGUGGUGUCCCUAAAACAUGACUGAUUUAUUCGUUUCAUUUUUCUAUAACAUUAACCAAAUAACCAACCAUUUAAAGUUAUACAUUCAAAUGUCUUUCCUAUUUCAAGAGUCCUACAGGGUGUUUGUUGUUUGCUAUUUACAAUUCAUGAAAUAAAUUAAAACUGGACAAAUCA